AUUAUGAUGAUUCAUAAAAAUUACGGAAAUCUUUUAUUAUUAUUUUUAUGAACAGGUUAUGAAGAAGGAGGAACUUUAACGGAAGCCAUUCGCCGACGCCCUUAUAGUGUGAUACUUUUGGACGAAUUAGAAAAGGCGCAUCGGGAAGUUACAAAUCUUCUACUUCAGGUAUUGGACGACGGCGUGCUCACGGACAGUCAGGGCCACCGCGUUGAUUUCAAAAAUACUAUAAUAAUAAUGACAAGCAACAUUGGGUCCCACUUUUUUGCAUCCAAUGAAGGAUCUUUUAAUGAAAUACGCGAAAAAGUUUUAGGAGAGGUUCGGGCGUACUAUCCUGCAGAAUUUAUUAACCGCAUCGACGAGAUUAUCGUCUUUAACCAUUUAUCUAAAGAAACUCUUAAAGAGAUUGUAGAGAUCAGACUUAAAGAAUUGAAACAGCUUGUUAAAAAACGCGGCCUGACACUUCAUAUAUCCAAAGGAGUCAAUGAACUUUUGUGCGAGCUUGGAUACGACCCAAUUUAUGGCGCUCGCCCACUCAAUAGAGUCAUAAACAAACAGCUGAUGGUUCCUUUGUCCAAUAAAAUUCUGAAAGGAGAAAUCAGAGAUGGAGAAGAUGUCCGCGUGGAGCUUAGCAGUGGUAACGCAAUAACAAUAGUGCCCAACCACGUGAUAGACACCGAAUAA